AUGAAAUCAGGCGAAUGGAUUACUAUUGAUAAUCUUCCACUUAAUAUUAUUCAAGACAAAGGUUACCGAAAAAUGAUGAUGACUCUUGACCCUGCAUUUUCAAUUCCAUUUAAUAAAAGAAUAAAGAAUAAAAUUUAUACUGGAUAUAUAAAUGCAAUUGAAGAAUUAAAGAUAUUGCUUGAAAAUACUU